AGUUUGAAUCAAAUGAAGAAGAAGAAGAACAGAAACAUGUAAACAAAAGUCGGUCUGAUGUUUUGCUGACCAAAAUUUAGUUAGACAAAAGGAACAACGAAUCGAUCUCGAUCAAAAACCGAAACCGUUUCACAAAUAUUUCUUCACAUGGCAAAAACACUUAAAAUCGAAAAUGGAGCGAAUGUCAAUUGCUUCGUUCCGAAUUGCUCAAACAAGAAGAUCGUUGACGGUAAUCCAAUACAUUUUUUUCGAGUUCCCCAAGGAAAUGAAGGUCUUCACUGGAAAGUGGCUGUCAAUUCCAGUAUGUCACAGCACGACAAAAAGAUUGGGAUUCUGAAACGCAUUAUUCCACGGAGCACUCUAUACUGUUGUGAACUUCAUUUUAAUAUUGAAACCGACAGCAUUAUCGCAAUAGAUGCGAAUGGAUCGACAGAGUGUAGUAUCAGAUCUGGAAUUUAUCCAUCAAUAAAACCGUCUCGUUCAAGAAGACUUUGGCAAAUACUAGGAGGCCAGGACAGUGGACAGUCUUCAAAACUGAACCGUGAUGAUUGCGACAAUGAUUCACUUCAAUCAGGGGAGGAAAGCGAAGAACAAGAAUCUAACAACGACUAUGUUUCAUUCACCGAAGAAGUAGAGCCCAAAAGCAGGGCCAGACCGGCUACUAAAAGGCGCAUCGGACUCGUAGCACAAAGGCGUACUGCAAAGAAGCGCCAAUACAAGAAGAAAAGUUCGAAAGUCUCAUCGUUCACAGCCCGAUUGCCUAGUAUACCGAAUCCUGACCCUGAACCUACAAACGACGAUGUUUCAUUCACCGAAGAAUUAGAACCCAACACUGAUGACAUUUCGUUGCUAGAUAUGUCGACGUUUCUUUGUAAUAAUUUCGAAGACAAUAAUUUACCAUCUCGAGACCACGCAGACCAAGGUGUAAAUGAUUUCGAUGGUGAAGCCGAGAUAAAAUUCACCCCAAUGAUGCCACUGACAAUAAAGCUCAUGAAAAGGAAAUCAUUGUACUACAUAGGAUUGGAACCGAGUCAUUUCAAUCGACUACUGCGCAUAAUUAACAGGAUGACGAAUGUGUUGACCGAUUCAUGGGUGGAAAUGAAAAUAAUGUUAGGUCUUAGAAAGCAACGGCUGAACGAAGAAUUUGAAGUUCUCGGAGACCUGUUCGACAUUGAAAAGACAACAGCUGAACAAUACUACACCGAAUCGAAAAAUUUGAUUUCCGAUGUCUACCAUUCUCUGACCAGUCCAGAAAUUAGUGCACAAUCAAACGGCGUGCAAAAUCCAUCGAGGACGGAGGAUCACCAGUCAAGCAACGACGAUGAGAGUUCGACCGAAUCGUCUGAAUAUGAAGACCAAGCCGAGAGAGAUAGUGAUGUUGUUACCGAUGAUUUCAGUGGGUCUGAUUCAACUGAAGAUUCUGAGGUGUCGAGAUCAAACAAUUUUUUAAGAGAUGCAGUUGAAUGUCCUAUAUGCAAAGCACGUGUUGGUCCGUUGCGUCUCGACUAUCACAUGCAAAACAUUCACUUGAAUCCACUAAAUUUAAAUAAAACGAUUUGCGGUCUAUGCUUCGAAAAAUUCCGAACAUACAGACUUCUUCGAGACCACCAGAUCGAGGUACACGAUGGAGCGUCAUGCAUGUGUGAUAUUUGUGGAAAAAUGUUCAGCAAAUUGUCAGGUUUGAGGGUGCAUAUCCACGGUGUACACGCGAAAGAUCGUCCCUUUCUUUGCCAUCUUUGUGGAGCCAGUUAUUUUACUUCGUCUAGGUUGAGAGUACAUGAAAAGAGCGCGCACUUGCACGUUCGCAGUUACGCAUGCAAGCUAUGUGACAAGAAAUAUUACCAAGAUAACGUACUUCAAGCUCAUAUUCGUUCUGUUCAUACGGGAGAUCGGAAGUAUCCUUGUCGAGUUGGUUGUGGUAAAUCAUUUUGUCGAAGUGGUGUCCGACACACUCACGAACAAAUGCAUAAGGUUAAAUAUUCGUGUGAAAUUUGUUCGAAAGUAUUUAGCUUCAGAAAUAAUUUGCAGACUCAUUGCAGAAACAUUCACGGACGAAAUGUUAUUGAUACAGAAAAAUGUAAGAUUCAAAUUAAACAAUAAAUUUUGUUGCACUAACC